UGUCGCGCAGUCGUUGGCACCGGAAGGGUUCACACUGCGUGUGAAAAGGGACAAUGGGGGCUGGAUAUAUCAACACCGCAGAAACCGAGUUCAUUUGUCAUGCAGCCCCUUUCAGUGCGGUUGUCAUGCAAACUUCCUUCUUUGAUCAGCAGAGGGUGGAGAGGGAGAAAGCGCGCAAAGCCGCGGGCCGGGCCGGGCGCCCUUGGCGGCUCCACGCCCCUUCCGGAAGGAGCCGCGGGGACCAGGCCUCCUGCACCUUGACCCGUCUAGACGCCGCACGAGGUUUUGUCUCGGUUUCCAAGGGCGCGGGGUGCUCUUUGACCCGCGCCCGGGGCGGAGGUGGUGGCACGGAGCCCAGCGCGCCCUGGCAGGUCCGGGAGGGAAAGGGGCGCCCGGGACGCGCGCCAGCUGUUCCCAGAGCAAGCCUGGGCCUAUCAGAGGCGCCCCGGGUCCCGCUACCUACGAUCACCUCGGCGUAGACCCGGCACAGCCGCCGCAAGAUUCCCGGAAGGCCAGGGGGCAGUGCGACAUGGGAUGGGCAGAAGUGUGGCUUCCCCACAGAACUGAUGCGCUAUGGACGCCCCCGUCUCCUCCCAUUUUCUGUGCUUCAGCCUCUACUCAACUUUUUAAAAUGACAUCUAUACAUACAGUUCCUAGGUUGUUCAGUUUCUUACUGUCCACUGACAAGCAUAUUAUUUUUCUCGCUAAAAUUUAAGCUUUCUUUAAGCUACAUAAAGAACGGUGCUGCUGCUUUCCAUUGGGGAGCCGACCUUCCAGGCAUUCACUGGACUCGCGUGUGCGUAGGCAAGUGUCCUGGCUGGUUCUGUUCUUCUUGUAGGUUCCCCUGGCCCAGUCCGAGGCGUUCCUCGUGGACCUUUUGGAUAAAGUGUGUAUGCGAAUGAACGAUUACCAGCUGGAGGACGACCCAGUGACCAAGCAGAAGUAUUUCAGGAGAUACGCUCCGAGAAAGGGAGACAAAAUAUACAAAGAAUAUAAAAAGUUCUUCUUUUAUUCUGAUGCCUUCAAACCUUUGAAAUUCGCGUGCGAAGCCAUCAUUGAAAAGUAUGAGGAUGAGAUUUUCGCACUCAUCGCCCAGGAGGCACACCAUCUUGCUGACAUGCUGUGCAGUGAAAAAUCAGAUCUGUGUGGCACUCCAAUCAAUGAUCCUGAACCCUAGGAGUGAGAAGAGAAGCCACAGCCCCGAAGGUCACUGUGCGCCUCACGUCGUGUGACCGCCAUGAUAAGGGAUUUCAUCUCGUGUCUGCUGUACUUGUCUCAUGCGUGAUAUUGGUUUGAAAAUCUCUGACUUGGCAUCAUGACAAACCCCAAGUCAUCUCUUAGGUGGAAAGGAGUUUAUAAAACUAAACACCCCUCUGUAUAUCUGGAUGGAAGCUGUGCUGGCAAUAGUGCAUUACUUUUAGCUGUGGGAAAAAAGGUGAAGCCAUUUCUUAGAGUCAGUAGGGAUUUAAGAGUGGGUAUGAGUGUUUCACAGCAAAUGUGUCUGACAUGUCCUUAUACGGUUUGCUGUCUGGAAAGAACUCGGUCUGGUUUCUCAAAUAUUGGCUCGACUACAAAUUCAAGGCAUCCACUUGCAACUAAUGCCAUGAGCUGGUUCUUCUGGGAGGUUCUGUAUGGUACUUGUAAAUCCACUCCUCUCAAUCGGGAAUGGGUCUUACAGAUCUGGACACUGUUAAAUUUUAGAACUUUAUCCCUAAGAUUCAGUAGAAUAAGCCUGGCGGUGGUGGUGGUACACACCUUUAAAUCUCAGCACCUGAGAGGCAGAGGCAGGCAGAUCUCAGUGACUUUGAGGCCAGUCUGGUCUACAAAGUGAGUUCCAAGACAGCCAGGGCUACACAGAGAACCUGUCUCAAAAAAAAAAAUUGGUUAAUUCAUUAAAAAUAAAUGAAAAGAUUCAGGUGAAUAGCUAAAGGAGCAUGAAUGGUCAGUGCCAUGGUGACUGGCCAUUAUGCCAUCUUUCCUGGUUACGCUGUGAGUUCAGAUGAUUCCCAAGCCUAAGUCAUAGUGGGUUUCAAAAGAUGCAGCACUGAGCUUUUUUUUUUCUUGCUUGACUCUCUCUUGGUUCGUUUUUCCCUCACCAAUCAUAGUGUGGAGAUUUUCCUACCGCCUGAUUUCUCACUCUUCUGUGAGACUUUUAUUUAUGUAUUUAUUUUUGGAUGUGGAAGAAAAUUCACCUUUACCACAGUGUAACGAAAUGUAGUAACAGUUACUGCUGCGUGUUCUUAUUGUCUCUGCUAAAUUUGCAUUCAGUGGAAUUGAACUUUAAUUAUUCAGCAUGUGAGCAUACAGGUUACACCUGUUUAAUUAAUGAAAUUUUCAUCGUCAGUGAGACUUGCAUGGGUAACAGGCAAAUUUUGUACCUGAAGAUCUAAAAUGGUUGUUUAUAAAAACAGCCAGAAAUUAUACUGUUCAGGUCGUUCGCUGGGUUCCUCAGCCAGAAUAAUCCUUACCUUUGUAAAAAUUUACCAAAAUGAAGGAAAGAGAUUUCUAUUUUUUUAUUCCCCCUAUUAUUAUUCAGUCUUAAUGUCACUUGUUUAUCUUGGAAUCUGAGAAAGUGUGCUUUUGCAAUGUGUCUGUGGCUAGUGGUGUUAUAGACCCUCUGCAACCGUGAGAGUUUGCGCUGCACACUGUAGCCCUGAGAUUCUGUGUCCAUACUGUAGCCCUGAGAUUCUGUGUC